ACUGUCGACUGGCUCCUAAAUGCCCAGUCUGUGAUUAUCGUACCUGGUUAUGGAUUGUGUGCCGCUCAAGCUCAGUAUCCGAUUGCUCAGCUCGCUAAGACCUUGAACGAUCGUGGAGUCCGAGUGCGAUUUGCCGUCCAUCCCGUUGCCGGUCGAAUGCCUGGACAGUUGAAUGUACUUCUUGCGGAAGCCGGAGUUCCUUACGAUAUUGUUGAGGAAAUGGAUGACAUCAAUGCCGAUUUUGACCAUACUGACGUGGCUCUAGUAGUUAUAAUGAAGCGAACAUUGGGAGUCGGUUAUGCAGCUGUCGACAAUCCGGUAUUCUUCAAUGAGAACACUGCCAUGUUGUUGGGUGACGCGAAGAAAAUGUGUGAUCAACUUCUGUCCACGGUCGAGUCAACAUCAACCUAG